AUGGGUAAAACAGAGAAAAGUGCUGGAGAAUUUAUUGGAACAGCAUUAAUUUCUUUUGUCGCCACAAACGCUGAUGAUCUUGUUGUUCUAAUGAAUUUUUUUACUGAAGCAGCAAUGCCAAAUUCAUCAAUUAAAGUUCGUCAUGUUUUUAUUGGACAAUAUUUGGGAUUUUUUAUAUUAUUAGGAAUUAGUCUUAUAGGUUAUUUUAUAUCGUAUGCAAUACCUGUUGAAAUGCUUGGAUUUCUUGGAUUUUUUCCAAUUAUUCUUGGUUUAAAGGGUAUUAUCGAAAUAAUUAUUGAACUAUGUAAAAAAACAAACGAUGAACUUCCAACGAAUAAAGUUUUUACAAUUGAACUUGAAACAAAUCGUUGUCAGAAUGAUACUUAUGAACAAAAUAUAAAUAUUGAUUCUUCUUCAACAAUUCAAUUGAAACAAAGAAUUGUUAAAUAUUUUAGCUCUUGUUUUAAUUUUCAAACAUUAAAAAUCGCAAGUAUAACAUUAGCAAAUAGUGGUGAUAAUAUAGCUAUUUAUACACCAUUAUUUGCUCAAGCAUCGAAAUGGCAAAUUAGUAUUUAUAUUUCUAUAUUUCUUGUUAUGUUAUUUGUUUGGCUUAUAUUUUCUUAUUAUUUUAUAAAUUUUCGUCCAGUCUUAACUAUUGCACAAAAAUAUGCACAUUAUAUUGUUCCAGUUGUAUUUAUUUCAAUUGGAAUUUAUAUUCUUAUUACAUCAGAUUGUUUUCCAUGGUUAAUACGAGCAAUUAAAACAAAAAAUUUCAAAAAUGGUUAA